AUGGUCGCCAUGACCAAAAUACCGCGACGGAACCAUGAAUUGUUAUCUACCCGCGAUCAUCAAACAGUUUACAGGAUCAUAGAAACUUGUCAGCUCACAAUGCCUGCCCCAGUCUCCACCUUCUCGCCCUUUACCCCCUUCACACCCGCUUCCAGCACUGCUAGCGGCGGCGGCUACUUUGAUCGACCGGCAGCCGGCAACAUGGGAAUCUCCUCGCCUCUCGGAAGACGACCUGAUAUGCGGAAUAGUGGGGUUGGUUCCUCCACUUUAAUGCGCAUGAGUCGAGUCUCCGGCACAAGUGAUAGUCUCCGCACACCUGCGGAAAACGGCUGGAAGAUGGCCUCUCGAAUGCGAGAUGAAGCUUGGAGCGCGUGGGAACAACAGUUGGGAAACUUAUCCAUCAGUCAAACCAACCGGAUUACCCUGUCCUCUGACACUCUGAUGAUACCUCGCGCAACCAGUCGAGUCCGCCACACUUCCGAUGAAUCUCACCUCAACAAGCCCCGAGCACCUGUCAAUGAUGGCAUCAAGAGAGUAACUGUCAACGACGACACCAAGACUUCCUCCAAACCUUCUCGAUUCCCGUCUGAGCUGCUUUUACCUCAAAUGGCCCCGGGUCCGUUUCGUUCCAUCAGUUCUAACGGCACGGCUCGGCCUCCGAAGUUAGGAAUCAAGCGUAGAUCCUUCGAUCCUUCCUUCUUCCCUAAUCAUGCCCACUUCCAUGAAGCCGAGAAUGUCCGAGUCAAUUAG